AUGGAAUCAAACGCGGGAUAUGGAAGAUUUCAAACAGAAAGAAAAUCUCAGCAGUAUCUGCCUUGCACUUUGUCUAUGCUAACUCAGAUAUCUAAAAGUGAAGACGAGACAUUUAAAUGGUACGACAGGUCUUUGGAUACAAUAGAAACAGUUGGCUGGAUUUCAGAGAUCCAGGAAACAGCAUUAAGAUUUGAAUUUAAACUGAAGGACUCAUUUGGGGAAUUUUCAGCUGUGAUUUAUAAAAAAGGGGACGAGAAACCGAGCAUAAUGAGAGAUGAGGAUUUUAAGGAAGGAGAGUAUGUGCAUAUUACAGGGAAUUUGAGAAAAUUUCAUGAUAAUGUGAGUGUUGUUUUGACUUCGAUUGAAAAAUUGGACAAAAGGACACAGGUCGAUGAAUUUUUAGCUAGGGUUGUGUGGGCGCAUAUAAAGCUGAACCAGCCGCCAGUGCAGAAAAUUCAAGUAAAUGUUGAUGAUAUAAUUUUGCAGGCUAUACAAAAGGCGAAUCCAGGGAAAAACCCAAGAGGGGUGACAGAUAAGCAAAUAAAAGACCAGCUUGAUGCUAAAAUUGACAACCUCCCUGAUCAUUUACAAAGAAUGCUUUCAAGCGGAAUUAUUGAAGAAGGAAAGGGCUGGGGCUGCUAUUCCAUAAAAAAUUAG